UAUAUCUUAAAUCCGCGAUCAUGUGGCAACCCUGUCAGUCGUCGUUGUCAAGUGGAAAAGUUGGUUGAUAAUUUCUUUUUGAUUUAAUAUUUCGCGUUGAUUAAUUGCUUUUUUCUAAUGUUAUAACUACAACGAAUCACACUAAACAUAGUUUGCGCUUGCAGAGCAGGCAUUUUACGAGGACUAAAAGAAAUUCAAAAGACUGAAACCAUUCAAUCGCUGCACCUGUACACAGACGUGAACGGGUGUGCAUCGCGAUUUCUAAUCACUCGCAAGAGACUUUCUUCCACACUAAGCAGCCAGAAGAGCGCCAGCGCCCGCGAACCGCAAAGCAACAGUAACCGCAGCCAUACAUAUACGGAAAACUGUUAAACCCUAAACGCCGUCCAAUUAAAUAACCAGAGCAGCAGACUUGCUAUAUUAACUUCCAAAGAGAGAGAAGUGGGGAGGAGAGGUACCUCUGGCCACCUGGCUGGCGGUCGGCAUAGGGCAGGGCGUUAUUUCAUAGUUUCGCUUUGGACAACGACGACGACAAGACCGAACAAAACCAACAGAAGCCACAAUGAACGGGCAGCCACAUUUUGGCGGAGGUAGCAGCUCGAUAUUGAACCUGCACAUUACGCAUCUCGAUCACAUUGGCCCCUAUCUGAAGGUCUAUGGCCAGAUCAAUCGCGAUGCUGCAUUAUUGAUUACCAAACGCAUUGAGAAUGUGCUGCCCACAUGCUUUGCCAUCGAGCCCACAUGGUCCAUCGAGCGGGUGCAGGCCCUGCUCACCCUCGGCACAGUGUGCGUGUUGAAGCAGACAAACGGGGCAGCUCCCGGGGACACGGAGUACAUGCGAGUGCGUGUGUUGAGCGCCACUCCGGAUGGAAACAAGCGUAUGCACGUCGAGAUAGAGUACCUCGAUUACGGUUUCAGACGAACUGUGAGCAGCCACGACUUAAUGUUCCUUAAGCAGCCGAAGCUUCUUCUGAACAUCCCCAUUCUCUGCUCACAGUACAUUGUGCUGGGCAUUUGCGCCGAAUGGGACCGGAGUGACCUGGAAACUGUGCAUCAAUUGAUUGUCAACCAGACCGUGCAGCUUACCAUCGAUCCCACCCAGAUCUGUGGCCAGUCCUUUGCCAGUGUGCGCUGGAAGGACUUCGAUUUGACUGAGUUUCUGGUGCAACAGAAACAAAUUGGGGCUCCGGUGGCCACUCAACUGAUGCUCGAUCACUGCAAGAAGCUGUGGAGGGAUGCUCCACAGUCGCCAGUUACGGAGUACAACAACAACAACAUAAUAAGUUCGAGCAGUGCCUUUAAAACUCCCACGGAUGUGGCACGUGAGCAGCUGGCUGCUCGGCGUUCCCUGUCCGCUCGCUUAGAGAUGCAACGCGUCGUUUCCGCGACCCCCUUGAGUGUGCUGAAUCCAGCCGCCGCUGACUACUCUCCCAAGCAGCAGCAACCUUUAGCAAAUUUGACAAAUGUGAUGGCGCCGCUUGGCCAGAUGCCACCUCAAUCCCUGGCCAAUACUCAAAAGCCCAACUAUGAGGCGACCCAUUCCUUUAACGAUUCUUAUGUGCCCAAAGUCGACGCCAAACAGCAGGUCUAUAAUUACUAUAAUGUUCGUAUGAACAAGCCGGCGCCCAAGGCCGUGAUGCUGCAGCCGUUUAUGCAGGCACAAAACCCGACAGGCAGCUACGCCCCGAUGGCUUAUGCACCGGCACGCUUCACACCACCACCGCCACAGGCGAGCGUACAGCGGCCAUCAGCACAGCAGCGCACCAUUCCGGCCUUCAGGACCACCAGCCUGACACUGGGCCUGACCUACGAUGUGCACGUAAGCUAUGUGGAGAACGGACCGCAUCUGUUCUGGGUGCAGCUGAAGAGCACCGCCAAAGAGCUGGAUGCCAUGAUGGAGCAGAUUGAGAGGAUGCGCCUGCAGCCGCUACCCCAAUCACCUGAGGUGGGCUCUGCCUGCGUGGCACGCUUCUCUCAGGAUGGUAAUUUCUAUCGUGCCUUGGUCAGCUCCAUCAAGGAGCAGCGCUUCCGGGUUGUCUACGUGGACUACGGAAACUCGGAAGUGCUGCCAUCGAAAGAUGUCUACCAAAUACCCACGGAGCUGCUGCAGAUCAAGCCAUUUGCCUACCGCUUUGCCCUGGCCGGAAUCAAGGAGAUCGAACCCAUUGACGAGAGCAUGAAGCAGAUCUUCAAGAACUCGGCUCUGUAUAAGGACUUCCAAUUGACGGUGCAGCAGCCUGAGAGUGUGGGUUCGAUGCAGACCUGUCAUCUCUUAGACAGCUUUAGAGGCAGGAAUAUACUGGCAGAGCUGAAGCAGCAGAAGAGCUCGCUUCAGGAAUACGAAAAGGCGGACCAUCUGGUAAACGACGACGAGGUGGAAAUCCGCUAUAUUGACUCGCCCAGCAACUUCUACGUGCAGAAGGUGGCCAACAUCGCGCAGUUUCAAGUGCUGAUGGAUAAUAUGUUCACGUACUACAACAUCAACCAAAAGGUACCCGACAAACUCACCCUGGGUGCCCCCUGCAUCGUCAAAUGCGAUCAGGAGUGGUAUCGUGCAGAGAUCCUGCGUGUCGAUGACUCUGUAAUUGUGCGGCACGUGGACUUCGGCUACGAGCAGACGGUGAAGCGCCAUCUGAUCGGGCACAUUGCCAAGGAGCAUCUGAAGAUGCCCCGCCAGGCUAUCAAGUGCUGCCUGAAGGGCUUCGAGCAAAGCGAGCUGGGCCAGGAUAAAAUCACCGACCAGUUCGAGAUGCUGGCCGAAGAAUCGAACAUCCGACGUCGCACCUUCAAUGUGCGCGUCUUUCGCAUCGAGCCAGACGGCCUGAAUGUUGUAAAUCUUCUCGCCAAGAACUUGAACGUCAUGAAGAAGCUGUACAAGCUGUCUAUGCCCUUUGACAAGUACCUAUCACUGGAGAAGGGUCAAUUCAAUGGCAAUACCACGCGGGCCGAGUCUGUGGUCUCCUCCGAAUUGGACAAGGACCUGAUUCUCAACUCCACCAGUAUCGUGGAGAGCGAGGAACGCCAACAGCAUCAGCAGCAGAAACAGCCAUUGCCACAACUACUGCAGCAGCAGCAGCAGACAGUCCGAGGCAAGAGCUCCAGUGACUGGGACAAACGCAGCUCAUCGUCGGCCAACUCGAAGGAUAGCAAGCAUCCCCAGCAGCUGCAGAAAAUCGAGCGUAACUUGGACUCCAACUUUGACAGCCAGAGCACAGGCAGCCACAACAGUGCCGGAAGUUCGCCACGCAAGGGCAGCCGACAGAACGGACGCAGUCAGACACAGUCGCCGCGGCUGCUGAAUGGAAACUCAGAGGCAAAUAAAAACAGACGCUUCAGCAACAGUCAGUCGCCGCGCAAGGAGCCACAGUCUUCGCAGCAGCAACGUAAUCAGCCCAAUCAGCGUUCACAGAAUGCCCCCCAGGGCUUUGCACAGAAUCCUCAAAGACAGAAGUCCACUUUGGAUGGAGGCAGCAUCUCCUCCAAGCGCUCCAGCGGCGUGGAGAGUGGCGCGAGCUCUGCCAGCGAAUCGGCAGUGGCCGGCAAGUCUGAAAAGUAUGUGCCCCUGGACAAGGCAUACUCCCUGCAGGACAUGAAAACCACUGGAAAGGAGGCCGUCAGCUUGUCCUGGUGGGUAUCGCCAUUCCAGUUUUAUGUUGUGACAAAGUCGGCGGCAGCCAAAUACGACGGUCUGCUGCGCGAAAUGAGACAAUUCUAUCGUCAAAAGUCACACCAGCCACUCCAGCUGAAGGUCGGCUCCACGGUGGUGGUGCGUCAGCGCAGAGACAAUGCCAUCCUCCGGGGCACGGUCACCGCUUGCAACCAUAUGAUGCGCAAGUAUCGUGUCUUCUGCGUGGACACGGGCAGCCUGAUCACCGUCACCUCCGAGGAUGUCUGGCAACUGGAGCAGCGGUUCGCCAAUGCCCCCUGCCUGGUCCAUCGCUGCAGUUUCCAUAGCGUGGUGACCAACUACGAUAACUUGUACAUUGUGGAUCGCAUGGAGAAGUUUGUGCCGGUCAAUGCCAGAGUCGAGUGCGAGUUCUUGUCCAAGCAGCAGAUCAGCAACUCAAACAGCAGCUGCUCCUACACCGUCAACAUGUAUGUCAAUGGCUCUUCGCUGAGGGAUACGCUGGUCAAGGAGAAGUUCCUCACCGAAGUGGCGCCAGAGGUGCGUGUGAGUCUGCUGGCUGGUCAGCAGGUGCGCGGAAAGUUUACCUCCGUUCGGGAUAUGACCAACUUCAAGAUACAGCUGGACUACUGCCACGAUGUGAGUUUCCUCUGCAGUUACGAUGAUACCAAGUUCGUCAAGUCAAACCCCGAUAUGGCCCGGCGCUUCAAGGAGUACUACGAGGGCAAAUCCUAUGCCUUAAAUGUGAAGCACGUCUGUGAGAACAAUAUUAUUCAUCUGCGCCCCGUAAUGCCGCUAUUCAAGGAAGACCGCAAAGCCUUCGUCUGCAGCUAUCCCGUGGUUCUCAGCAGCUUCAAGGCGCUAGUUGUCCACGCUGCCAAGCCAUACCGCGUGUUUGUACAGCCCCUGGCCAUCGAAUCGGCUAUGCAGACGCUGCUCGACGAAAUGUACGAGUUUUACGAGGCCAAAGGUGACUCGUUAAUUAAGUUCAAACAGGGGCAGAUCUGUGCCGCCCGGGGAUCGGAUGGGAACUGGUAUAGAGCACGUAUUGUGGCCAACGAUUUGAAUGCGCCUCGCACUGAGGUGUUCUACGUUGAUUACGGCAACACGGAGGAGCUGAAUCGCCAGGAUAUCAAGGCAUUGGACGACAGAUUCUAUGCGAACCCCAGUGGAUUCGCUGUAGAGAUCAAUUUACCCCUGGGCCGACCGAGCAAUGAGGCAAAACUAAAGAGCCGUCUUGCAGAGUUGCUGGAGGAGCAGGUGGUCACCAUUCAGCCAAUUGAAGUUCGCCGCAAUCACCUCAUUGGCAAUGUCAUCACGGGCGACAAUCAGAACGUGUCGGAGCGGCUGAAGGCAGAAAAACUUGUGGCCUCCCAUCUGGAUCUGGACUACAUGCGCAAGCAGUUGGAUAAGGGCAAGAGUCCCACCUACGAGUACAUCGAAACCGUGGACCUGACCAUGGACGAUGAGGAGGACAAGCGCAGCAAGGAGAGCCGCAGCAAGUCAAGCUCGGCAAAUGCCUCGCCAAAGGCCAAAAAGCCACAAAACGACAAAGAGCCAAGGAAGAAGGAGCCGUCUGCAGCCGUGCCUCCCGUUCCUGUGGCACAAAUUGUAGCUGUUGAACCAGUUGCAGUGGCAGAACCAUCCAAGCCAAGCUCCCCAGAACCAGCUCCGUCUGUAAGCAAAGCAAAGGAGCCAGUCAAUACGAUAGUGCAGGCCGAGGAGCCGCCACAGCCACCUGCACAGCCAGAGGAGGACCCCUACAAGGGUAUGGAAACGGUUGUGCUCAGCCAUUGCGACAAUCCUGCCCACUUCUUUGUGCAUCCCGUCGAUCAGCUGGAGAAGCUGAAUCGUAUGCAGGAGAACCUGCAGAUUGUGUCGCCCUCGCUGCCACCGCUGGAGAAUGUCGUCGACGGAACCGAUUGCGUUUCCCUCUACUCCGUCGAUAAGUGCUGGUAUCGCGCCAAGAUCCUUGAUGCCGAGCUAAUGGUCCUGCUGUUCAUAGAUUUCGGUAACACGGAUUGCGUCUCGGAUACCACGGACAUAAAGCAGAGCAUGUUUGGCCACAUGGAUCCUUUCUGCUUGCCCUGUGCCCUGCCCAUUGCCCCCAAGAACACACGCGAUUGGGUGGAUGCGGCGAAUGGUAUAUUCAACGAGUCCUACUCCAAGAUACUGCGCUACGAGUAUCUCUCCCGGGGAGACUACAAGACGAUCAGCUAUGUUCGGCUGUACAUCGAUGACGAGGACGUGGCCAAGAAGCUGAUUGCCGACGGCUACGCCAAGCCCCUCGAGUAUGUGGCCAGCGGCUGCACUUGCUACAUCUCGCACGUGAACGCCAUCCGUGACUUCUACAUCCAGCUGGAGCGCGACUCGAAGGCCCUGGAGCUGAUCGAGAUGUAUUUGCGCGACAAUGAGAAGACCCUCGAGCCCCUAGAGCGCUUCGAGAAGGGAGCCAUCGUUGCAGCUCUCUUCGAGGACGAUGAGCUGUGGUAUCGUGCCGAGCUGCUCAAGCAGCUGCCCGACUCCCGCUACGAAGUGCUGUUCAUUGACUACGGCAACACCUCGACCACCACCAAGUGCCUGAAGGUCUCCGAGGAGAUCGCCAAACUGCCCAGCCUUUCCAAGAAGUGUUCGCUGCAGCUGCCCUUGACGCACACUGCCUGGUCCGAGGAGGCUGAAGCCAAGUUUGCCGAGCUCACCGGCGAGGGGGAGCUGGUCUUCACUACGCAGCUGCUGAAGCCAGGCGCGGAUCAUGUCACCAUCAAUCUGAUGCUCGACGAGGAGAACAUCAUUGACCGUCUGCUACCGCUGUGCCCGAAAAGGGAGCCAACGUCAUCCCUGGCAGGUUUUAGUUCCGGUUCUACUGCCACAACCAAAGCCACCAUCACCCAAGUGAAAAGCGCUUCCCAAAUAUACCUGCAGUUGGCCGAGAAGCAUGCCCUGGCAGAUAGCAUCUGCACAAAGCUCAACGCAGGCAAAUUGCAGCCAAAGAAGGACAAGGGACACUUGGGCGAACUGUGCGUGGUUCAGUGUAAAGAUGAUAAGGACUUCUAUCGCGGGCGAAUCCUGGAACUGCUGGACAACAAAUAUCGCGUCUUCCUAAUCGACUUUGGCAUGGUUAUAGAGGUCGAUGAUGCGCUGUACGAGACGCCCGAUGAGUUCACCACGAUUCUGCCCCUGGCCGAGGUGUAUAGCCUCGAGCCUUGCGCCGACUUUGAAAAGAACAAAUCCUUGACCACAGAAUCUCUGCACGAUAUCUUGGAAAGCUGCGAUGGUGCUGUGGUGGCAGAGAUACUCGACAAGACAGCCAGUCCGCCUAUUGUCCGGUUGACUAUCAAAGACAAGAACGGAAUGAACAUUUUCGAGCAGCUGCAAAAGCUCGUGGAGGCGAAGCUGAAACUCAUCCAGAAGGACAACGAGAACUCCGAGUGCAUCAUCUCGCACGGCCACUCGCCCAGGAGCUUCUACGUUCAGCUGAAGAAAAACUCGCAGCUUCUGGAUCUGGUUGUGAAGUCGUUGCAGGGCCUAGACAAAGUUAACCUGAAGAGUCUGGAUAUUGCGGCAGAGGCGGCGGAGGCGGCGAUGGGAGUGGCAUACUCGGAGGAGGAUACCUGCUUUUAUCGAUGCUUGAUCAAGUCCGUACUGAAAGAAAAGGAAUUUGUGGUGUUCCUCGUUGACUACGGCAUUACUAUGGCAGCCACGGAGAUCUUCCAACUUCCCCGGCAGCUGGUUGAUGUGCCGCCGCUGGCCCUGCACUGCCAGCUGAGUGAGAUACCUGAGGAUGUGCCCGACACCAAGCUAGAAGAGGCAUUCGCCGCCCUGCUGGAGCAGCACUUUGGCGAGGUCUACGAGAUAACCACACAGCCGAACGAGGACGAUACAAAGCCACAUUUGGCCAAGCUGCGCAUCAACUAUAAAGACUUUGCCCAGGAGCUAACCAACACAGUGGCCGGGGUACAGAAACCGCUCCAGGUGGAGCUGCACAACUGCGUUGUCGUGCAGUACGAUGAUCCCACCUCCUUCUACGUGCAAAUGGAGGUGGAUGUGCCGGCUCUGGAGCAGAUGACCGACAAGCUGCUCGACACAGAACAGGAGUUGCCCGCCUUUACCGACCUGAAAGUGGGAGCCGUCUGCGUGGCCCAGUUUCCCGAGGACGAGGUCUUCUAUCGUGCCCAAAUCGUCAAGGUCCUGGACGAGGGCAAGUGCGAGGUGCACUUCAUCGACUUUGGCAACAACGCGGUCACCGACCAGUUCCGCCAGCUGCCCGAGGAACUGGCAAAGCCGCCGCGCUACAGCAAGCACUGCGAGCUGGAGAGCGCCACCAUUGCCAAGUGCAAUGUGGCCGAUCUGCAGAGCUUCAUCGACACUCGCUUCUCCGAGACAUUCCAGGUGGAGAUUCUGGCCACCAAGGGCCAAGUCGCCGACAGCUGCACCCAUGUCGUGAGGCUGUUCUACCAGAGCACCAGCAUCAGCGAGAAGCUCCGUCUGCAGGAGAGUCAGUGAGCCCCAGUCGGACGGGUAUAAAAACAAAAUAUUUAUUUGUUGUGCUAAAGCAUCCGAUCUAAUGCAAUGUAUUACCUAAUUUAGAUGAACGAGUCCAACUUAUUCAAUUAGAGGGAGAGCUCACGAUUUUGUUUAGCCAAGAAGCUUCAUUGAUUUUUCAUGGAAAACCAAAAUGAAUGCUAAUUUUGUUUCAAAUAUUUGAAUAUGAAUCAACCAACAACACAUAAAAAAGUUAUCCAACAAAAAACGAAAGAAAACGAACAAAAAAAAAACGAAAAAACCCUCAGAAAACGUAUAAAAACAAACGAAAAAUGUUUAAAAAAACUGAAAAAAAAAAAUUGAAAUUUAGAAAAAAUUUAAACUAACGAAAGAAUGUUAGCCGCAUGGUGAAUGCAGAACGAUUUAAUUUAAAUUGCUCAACCUUUUGUAAACACAUUUUACAUUAUCAACGAAAGGGGAAUUGGAGUGGAGCUCGGAGAAGGACAUUCCCCUGGGAAUUAUUUAUUUUUUUUCCUUUAAAACUAUUUAAACCCCAGCUUGGGGGACUUUAUUCUCUAUUCUUUACUCAAUUAACCAACUCAAGAAUCGCCUGAUUUCAUUUCCAAAUAUUGCUUUUGGAUUAUACUUUUCAUCUAUUCAAAUGAUAGCAUCAUGAAAAUCAAAGACUAAAAAAAUCUACUGGUAACCAGAGUAAACAAAACAAAAAAAAUACAAAACUAAUGGAAUGUGGGUUUAUGUAUUAAAACCUUUAAUCACAUGUCAUAUUUUUCUACCAUUUCUUUUUCAUGUUGUGAACAAACAAAUAUUAAAAGCAAGAAAAUAAAUCGCGAUUGAAAGCAAUA